GGUGUCGGGUUUAGGAAGAACUAAGUUAAGUGGUAAUGGGUUGGGGAACACUAAGUCUUAUUGGGUCUUGAGUUGUGAAUUGGUAGCCCCUGUGGGUACCUCCUUAGGUGACAGUGAAUGGCAAUGGGUUAUGCUGAUUUGAGGGGGAGGCUUCAUCGGUUUGUAUUGCAUUGGGUUGUGCAAAGCUUGGGGUAGUAUUGAGAUAGGUUUUGUCACAUAAUUUUGUGAGUUUCUUAGUUCCAUGUUGGAUCGGGUUGGGUUACGAGUGUAGGUGAGUCUUGUCCAACUGCAUUAUGCAGGAUUCUGUGGUUUCAUGAGUCCCCUAGGGCCAUGUUGGAUCAAGUAAGGUGGUCACCCACGGCACUGUUGGGACUGAUUGUGUGUUCAUGCAUGGUGCUGGAGAGUUGGGUUGAGACACUGGAAACUGCGUGGCUUUGUGAUUCUUCUAGGGCCAUGUUAUUUUAAGUUCUGUGAACUUGUGAGUCAUGUAGAAAUACGAAGAGUCAUGUGAUAGAAUGUGAGCUUUCUGGGUUAUAUGAGGUUAAGUUGGGUUGGAAUGUAUGAGCAUAGGAGUCUUUCAGGGUUCUGUUGUGUUGAAUUGUGUAGAGUUAUGUGGCUAGAAGUUUGUCGGGGCUACAAUGAGUUGAGUCGUAAUGAGUUGUGUAAUCAUGUGAACCUCGUAGGACCAGUUCAGUUGGGUCAUACAACUGUUUGGUUUGGGUUACAUCAAGUUGCGUCCCUGAGUCCUGUAGGAACGUUGGGUUGAGUUGGACUGUAUGUAUGAGCACCACAGGGCCAUGCUGGUUUGUUUUGCAUUUAAUGGUAGCGCCAGGACCCAAGGAUAACAGCACUGGGAAGGAAUCAUGUGUCAAGGAGUGAAUGUGCUAUGUGGACUCUAGGAGACCAACUGAACUGGCUUGCCCCGUGUCAUCCCUAUAAGGGGCAGGGCUAGUUUCUGUAUCUGUAGAUUCAGUUGGUCACACAGAAAGCUUCUGGGUGAACUUGGAAGAUGUAGAUGCCCCUUACAUUUACCCCACACCUGCUUUGUUUUGCCAUUCAAACCCCUCCUCUAUCUGUCUUCCCUUGGAGUUUUCCUUCCAGACAUGGAGAUCAGAGCCACAAGGGAAGGGGAAAGGGGGAGAAACUGUACUCUGUUCAGACAUGAUGGGGGGAUAGAAACCCAAGGGAGGGGGACAGAGAGCUGGGGAGGGAUAGAGACCCAGAGAAAGAAAGAGAAAGAAACCCCAAGAGGGGAAAAAGACCCAAAGAGAGGGGGAGACAGAGACCCAGAGGGGGCAGGUAUCAGGCACCCAGAGAGAGAGGGACAGAGACCCAGAGUUGGAAAGAGACCAGAGCACCCCAGAGAAAGAGAACCAAAAAAGAAAAAGGCAGAAAAAGUCAGUGCUCCUGAACCUGAGAGAGAUGCACAGUGUAUGCCAUGGAAUCACAAAGGGAUCCCAAAUCAGGACGCACCACCCUAACCUCCCGCAGCUCAAGAAGUGUGUCAGACAAACUGCAGGGCCCACUCUAUCUUCCUGGGGAGAAAGCAGUGUCUCAGAGCAUGGGCGUGGCUUCCCAAGGUCGCGUGGCUUGUCCCCGGGGAGGGAUGGGGGGGCUGGACUUGUGGCCUGCUGCUUGACCCUACAUGUCCCCAUCAGCCUGCUGGUCUGCACAGGACUUCCCGAGUCUAACAGCCUCAUUUCUCACAAAUGAGGAAACUAAGGCUCAGAGGGGAGGGGGUUACCCAAGGUCAGAGGUCUUUCAGUACUAAAAGGGCAUUUGGAGGAGGAAGAAGAGGAGGAUGGUUACGUCACUCACAUAUAUAGGGCUGCCUAUGUGCCACGUAACUUUCAAAGUACUUGUAUUAAUUUAUUAAAAUCCAUCCAGUGGUUUACAGAGAGUUGUUGUUGUUAUUUUUAGCUAGGAAACCACCCCCCUUUCUUUUUUGGUCAAAUGAAAUCUUACUUAGGAGCACCAGUGUGAUGCAUCGGAGGGUGUGAACUGGUUUGAGGAGUCUCUCUUGACAACUCAGAAUGUGGCUAACAAAUUCCGUUUGGAAACCCCUGAUUUAAUCCAACCACCUUUUUACACAGAGAGAUAGAAGAAGGUACAGACUGUGAGAAGUGUUUGAUAAAGGUUGAAAAAAAUUUAACCUUUAAAUAAUAUAACACUUCUCUCCGAAAUGGAGAGAAAGGCACAUUUGGAAAAGAAAUGGAGACAGACCCCCUCACAGUGACAGACACAGGGCAGAGUCUGGGAGGCAGGCACAGAGCCCAGCACAGGGACCCAAAGAGGAAGAGACACGUGCAGAGAGGACAGAGAUACCCAAGGGGAGGAGGGAGAGCAGGAGAGAAGAGGGCAGCGGUCUGGGAGGGGGUAAGAGACAGGAGGGCGGACAAAGACCCAUAGAAGGAGGACGAGACCAGAGAGGAGGGGCCGGAGAUCCAGAGAAGAGAGAGGGACAGGGACCCAGACAGAGAGGAGAGGGAUACAGAGAGGGGGGGACAGAGACCCAAGGAGAGAGGGGGAGACGGAAACUGUUUCCCAUUACUCUUUGAAAACUCACCCCUACUACCCCAUCAGAGACUGAAAGUUGCAUGAAGUUCCUCUGGUAGGGGGCGGGGCAUGUUCGGUGCUUAGGGGUAUGGGAAGCAUGGCGAGGUCAGGGAAGUGACCCGAGUGGACACUCAAAGACUGGGAAGCGCCCCUCCUCCACCCCAAUAAACAACCGCAGCAGCCUUCUAUGUGGCCUUGGCUCGGAUGGGGAGAGGUGAGGGGAACACCCUAAUCCGGGGACACCCUUCCCGCCACCUUGCCAUGCUAUAUUUAGGCUGAGGAAGGGGUAUGGGAUGACCACCCCCCCCCUCCACGAAGGCGGGUGUCGGCUUUCCUCCUGAAAAUAGCUCCAGGGGAAGAGUGAAGCGUUAAGUCUGUCCCGGGACUCCAAUUCCUGUCCGAUCUCCGUCUGUCUUAAGGUGGUUGCCUCCUCCCUCUACUGAGAUGUCAGGAAGGAGGGGGCCACCUGCGUCCCCCACAGGGGCCCCCCGGAGCCUGGGGGCCCCCAACCCCGGAGCUCGGAGGCGGAGGAGGUGCUGACAGGUGCUCAGCGAGAUGCUCCCCCACCCCUCAGGCUCCCUCCCCAUCCUCCUACUUUUCCUCCUACCCAGUGUCCCAAUGGAGCCCCACGCUUCACCCUCACCCCUGCCCCCAUUUCCAGUCCCCGAGUGGGACCUCUUGUCCCCCCGAGUAGCCCUGUCCAGGGGUACCCCCGCUGGGCCCCCUCUGCUCUUCCUGCUGGAGGCUGGAGCCUUUGGGGAGCCAGCUGGCAGCCCGGCCAACCGCAGUCGGCGGGGGGUGAGUGAGACAGCACCAGCGAGUCGCCGCGGAGAGCUGGCUGUGUGUGACGCAGUCAGUGGCUGGGUGACAGACCGCCGGACUGCUGUGGACCUGCGUGGGCGCGAGGUGGAGGUGCUGGGCGAGGUGCCUGCGGCUGGUGGCAGUCCCCUUCGCCAGUACUUCUUUGAAACCCGCUGCAAGGCUGACAGCGCUGGGGAAGGUGGCCCCAGUGGGGGUGGAGGAGGCUGCCGGGGUGUGGACCGGAGGCACUGGGUGUCUGAGUGUAAGGCCAAGCAGUCCUACGUGCGGGCAUUGACUACCGAUGCCCAGGGCCGUGUGGGCUGGCGAUGGAUUCGAAUUGACACUGCCUGUGUCUGCACGCUCCUCAGCCGGACUGGCCGGGCCUGAGGCCCAUGCCCAGGAACUGGGCAGGUAGAGGAAGAAGAGAGCUGGAUGCUGAAAGACCUCAGGGGUGGCCUGGCUCCUCUAGGCCUCAGUUUGGGAACUCGUCAAAUGGUCACAAAAAUCACAGCUCUCUGAUUUUGAGAGCUCAAUCUGGGCAAGAAAGACAGAUGGUGAAACCAAAUGGGGUUUUGAAGGAUGAAUAGGAGUUCUCUUGGAUGAACUUGAGGGUAAUAAUGAUGAUGAUGAUGAUAGCCAAUAUUUUCUGAGUGCCUACUGUUUAUGAGCUCUAAUACACAACUUGUCAGAUCAGCUCUGGUGGAUUUGACCAUUGGAGGCCCUCAGCUUCUAAGCUGCUGACCAUGCGAUCUCAGAGGACAUCACCUUGCCCACCCUGGAGAGAGUGACAAGGAGGGGAUAUGUCAAGAAGUGUGUAUGGGAGCAUAAAAACUGGAACAUGUAGGCAACUAGUUGGGAGCUGGGGUUCGAAUGAGAAAUCUUACUUAGUCAGAUAGGGCAAGUGUUGACUUAGAUAUUCUGUUUUGAGGUAGUGAGCUACCUAUCACAGCAGGAGCACAAGCAAGGUUGAAUGACAGGAUGUCAGGAUGCUUAAGAGUUCGGCCUUGGUGGGGAGUUGGAAUCAGGUUUCUACCCCUCUUCCCUGUCCCAACCUUUACCCUAUACUAGUGAAGAAAUAGACCUUACCAUUGUCCAUUGAGUAGAGCAUGAGGUUUUGACCAACUGGCCUGCCCCCUGGCUGGGAUCAGGGGAGAUUUGGACCCUGAUCAGCCUAGAGUGAGCCAGGAAAAUCCAACAGGAGAAGUGGCCCCAGAAGCCUGAAUGAGGUGGUCAGUGGGACCCUGGGCCAGGCUGCAGAAGGCAGCCUCAGUUUUCCCUGUCUGAAGAAUGGGUUGGUGGGAUGAGAUAAUGGGGACUGAGGAGGCAGAGGCUUCGACCAAAAGGGCUUUAAAGUGAGGAAGUGACAAGAGAAGUCAGGGGUAGACCCCACACCCUCAGGACACCCCUUCAUAUAUUACCAUUCCAUAGCCGCAUGCAGACACAGACCACACUUUUGCCCUUGUUUCUACAUCUCUGUGUUCCGGGUCUGUGGUUCCCGCUCUCUUCUCUGCCGCCUCCUUUGCUGUCUCUCUGUCUAAAUUCCUGUCCCAUCAUCUCUGGGUCAUUAGCUCUCUUUCUGUCCCUGUUUCUCACUCACUGUCUCACCCAUUCCUGUGUGUGUUUCUUUCUCAUUCAGCAAAGCUCUUUCCACACCCACCUCUUUAUUGCCAAGUAUUUCCCCGUGGGUCCCUCCCUCUUCACCCACCCCCAUACCCAGGUGGAAGUUUUCAACCAAAUCAAAGGCAGGCAGGACAGAAGAAGCCGAAGCUGAUGCUGAGUCCUUCAGCACACACGGGGAGGGAGGGAGAGCCCUGGGGAAGUCUGGAAAUCGUUACCCAGUCCCUCACCCCUGCCCUCUGCUGCCGAGGUGGGCUGUCCUGGCAGAGGGAGGAGGUGGCCAAGAGGACCGGGACCCUAUAGGAAAGGGGGAUGUUUCUCAUGGAUGCCCUGAUGCGCUGGGUAGCUCUGCCCUCCUCUCCCUCUGUUCCUCUAUUUUUGGGUCUCUGACCACCCCCCGCCCCAGGUCUCUGUCCCCCUCUCUCUGCUGCCCCCUCUCUGGGUCUCUGGAUCUCAAACUCUCUGAACUCUGGACUUCCAUUGCUCUCCCCCUCUCUUUCUGCCCUCCUCUCCCUCUGGGUCUCCGUCCCCACCCCCGCAUUUCUCUGAGUUUUUGUGCCCCUCUUGGGGUCUCUGUACUCCUCUCUCAAAAUCCUCCUCCCUCCUGCCUGGGUGUCUUUCUCACUCCAUC